AUGGCGAGAGGCGGCGGAAAAUCGCGGCCUAGCCUACAGAAGGGUCUCGAUAAUGAAGUGUACCACGUUGUCGACAAGUUUCUUGAGGACCAACCUCAAAGCAUUGCCUCAUUAAGAUGCGGUCAAAUCUACGACCGGAUACAGAAGUCAAACUCAAGCUUGAAGCGUCGCCCGAAGCCGGCACUUGAAAGCAGCAUCGAGCGGGUUCUAGCUGUCAUGAUUGAAGAGUUCAGCGAGGAAGAUGAUGAUAUGGAGCCGCUGGAAGGGGAAUUCGGUGAUUCUAAUCCUCAACCUAAGCCGAGUAAAACUGUCAAUGAUUUAAUUACUGGAACUUGGAAGAACGCCUCGCCAGCCAAGAGUACGCCAGCAACCUCCAUAAAUGGAGAGAAGAAGUCGAAACGUGGAGACGGGGAUCGAAAAGCCCAUGACGAGCCACCGAAGAAAAGGCUCAAGAGCUCUCACACGGAGAAAGGUGCAAAUAUCGACAUUAGUCCUCCCACGCACGUAAGUCUUGAUGACAUUGGCGGUGUUGAAGAUAUCAAGCGCGAAUUGAAGCAGCAUCUCGUUUUACCGUUGUUAUGUCCGGAGGAGUACGCCGCUCGCAACCUACCGAUCCCCAGAGGCAUACUGCUGCAUGGUCCUCCGGGUUGUGGAAAGACUGUGAUCUCUAGGGCAUUUGCCGCAAAGCUUGGCGUCCCGUUUAUCGAGAUAUUGGGUCCGUCCGUUGUUUCCGGAAUGUCAGGAGAGUCUGAGCGACAAGUCCGUGAGCAUUUCGAGAAAGCCAAGGAAGUUGCACCAUGUCUCAUAUUCAUCGACGAAAUCGAUGUUAUCGCGCCCAAAAGAGACACUGCCCAGAGUCAAAUGGAAAAGCGUAUUGUGGCACAGCUGCUGAUCUCCAUGGACUCGUUAGCGAUGGAAGGCAAUGACGGAAAGCCCGUGAUUGUGCUAGCAGCAACGAAUCGUCCUGAUGCUAUAGACCCAGCAUUACGGAGAGGUGGUCGAUUCGACUCGGAAAUAAACAUGGGUGUGCCGAAUGAAAUCACACGAGGACAAAUUCUCCGUGCUCUCACUAGAAAUACCAACAUCGCAGACGACGUCUCAUAUGAGAUAUUGGCGAAAAAGACCUCUGGCUUCGUAGGCGCUGACCUCCGGGACCUUGUCGGUAAAGCUGGCACAUGGUCCAUGGAUCGUUAUCGUGAAGCUCUGGAAGCACAGGCUGCAGCUACCGAAACUGACAUGGAUGUUGAUCUUGAUACGAAGAAGGCGGUCUCUGAGGUGGAUCGAAGUAUAACACGACUCAUUCGUCGCUGUCGUGACAAAGACGCUACUCGGCCGGCGGGAUUUGAGGACACUUCGAUCACAAUGGAAGCCUUCGAUGCUGUCUUCCCAGGCAUACAGCCGUCUUCCAAACGUGAAGGCUUCACCACUAGGCCCGAUGCCAAUUGGGAUGACGUCGGGUCACUAGAUGAUGUACGUGAGGAGCUCAAUAUGGCGAUAGUUGAACCGAUCUUGAACGCGCAACGAUACAAGAACGUCGGUAUCUCCGCUCCUACUGGAGUGCUCCUAUGGGGACCCCCGGGCUGCGGAAAGACGCUUCUUGCUAAAGCGGUCGCGAAUGCAUCAGAAGCAGCCUUCAUUAGUGUCAAGGGACCCGAGUUGCUUAACAAGUUUGUUGGUGAGUCAGAAAGGGCAGUCAGGCAGGUUUUCAUGCGCGCACGAUCGUCCAGACCAUGUGUGGUCUUUUUCGAUGAGCUGGAUGCUCUUGUUCCUCGUCGCAAUGACGCACUGUCUGAAGCGUCUGCCAGGGUGGUCAACACCCUCCUGACGGAGCUGGAUGGGUUGUCUGAGCGAGAAGGUAUCUAUGUGAUUGGAGCUACCAAUCGACCUGACAUUAUUGACGAUGCCAUGCUUCGUCCCGGUCGUCUCGAAACCCUGCUAUUCGUAGGUCUACCCAAGAAGCAGGAUCGUGUUGCAAUCCUGAGCGCCCUUAUCAAGAAGACACCCAUAGACCCGCUUCUAGCACAUUUUGCAAGCGACGAUCGCUGUAACAAUUUCAGCGGUGCCGAUCUAUCAAGCUUGCUACGAAAGGCCGGACAGUCGACUCUCAAGCGGGGCGCAGAUAGAGUCGAGCUUCAAGACUUUGAAAGAGCAGUUGGAAACGUCCGGGCCAGCGUUGGUGAUCCAAUUCAUUAUGAGCGACUAAAGAAGAAGUUUGCCACACAGAUAUAA